GGUUUGCAAACCGUAGUCCUACAAGAGGCAACUUUGGUGAACAUCGCAUUAUCCUCUGCGAUUAGGGUUUUGAAGAGUCUGCAGCCGCUGAGUUUGUAGAGCUUCGCGGAUUGAGAGAGAGAGAGAGAGAGAGAAGAUGGGUCACUCGAAUGUCUGGAACUCUCAUCCAAAGAGCUAUGGUCCUGGCUCUCGCACCUGUCGCGUGUGUGGGAAUCCUCAUGGGUUGAUCCGUAAGUAUGGGCUUAUGUGCUGCAGACAGUGCUUCCGCAGCAAUGCCAAGGAAAUUGGCUUUAUUAAGUAUCGCUAAAGGAUUUCACUGGUUCUACAGGAGAAGAGGAUUUUGCCCCAAGCAUAAUGCUGUUUUUGUUUGUUUUUUCCCUUUGGUUUGAGGACCUUUAUGAUUGUUCUUGUUCUGUAUCUUUGGAUACAAGCCAUUGUCAACAUUGCUUUUCUUAGUUUAAUAUUGAACUUGAGUUGAUUGGUGGACCAAGAAUUGCUGGUCUUUUUAG